AUGAAUGCUCAAAGCUCUCUAUCUCAGUCUGCUUCUGCCUUUCUGGAUAAGAAUGUUCCGCUCAAAUUACCUUCGAAUGAUGAGCUGGAAGAAAUGGUUAUGACAUAUUCCAGAAGGCUGACUGAAGACUCUCAGUGGGUUACAGUUGAUGCUGAAAACUUAGAUGCUACACUCCGUUCUAGAAAAGUAUUAGCUGAUGAGUCUGUGCUUCGUAGCAAUUUUGAUACUCUUAAGAUUGGCGAUUCUGUGUUAAGGUAUAACUAUAACCGUAACAAGCUGGACCCUUACUGGAAUGCUACUGUCUAUAAAGUCAUUUCGAUUCGUGGUCAAGUGGCUGCUAUCUCCAGUGAUCCUUUACGCUCUCAGCCUUUCUUUGAGUAUAUUGGCAAUUUGAAGCGCAUUGAUGUGCAGUCUGUGGCCCCGGAGUGUUGUCUGUGCCUAUUGAUCUCUUGA